GUUGCGCUUGUGCCAUGGACUCAGCCGCCCGGUGAUAUUGACAAUAGGAGAGAGAAAGGGGCAUUGACUGGGGACCCACCGCGGGUACCGAACGGCGACUCUGGCAGCGGCAGCUCCAGCGGCUCCUCCUCCUCCUCCUCCUCCUCUCACCUCCUGCUGCCGCUGCGGAUCCCGUCUUCCUCCCUCCCUCCCCCCCUUCCCCACGUCGUCGCCGCCGAGUCCGGGGCUAAGAGCAGAGGCGCCGCCCGCCGGGAAUGUGAGCGAGGAACCACCGGCGGAGCCGCAACGGGGUUGGUGCCGAUUUGAUGGGACGGGCCCGCGGGGAAGGAUCGUGAGGCCGCCGCCGCCGGAGCGCUGAGCUUCAGGUCCGGUCGUGAGGCCUAAAGGCGCCGCCGCCGCGGAACCGGAGGGUCGCCGCGCCGGGCAGCCGUAGCCCCGGGCUCCCGUCGCCGUCCGGACCUCUCCCCGCACAUCCCGGUUCCGCCACCCGCCCACUCUGCGGCCCUCUGGCCCGUUUCCUACCCUUCGAAACCACAGAUCAUCUUCAGAUUCUUCCCCAGAAGCUUCAAGUAGGGAUAUGUCCUCAGCACCAACUACUCCUCCAUCAGUGGAUAAAGUAGACGGAUUUUCUCGGAAGUCCGUCAGAAAAGCCAGACAGAAGAGGUCACAGAGUUCCUCACAGUUUAGGUCUCAAGGCAAGCCUAUUGAGUUAACACCUCUGCCACUACUGAAAGACGUUCCAUCCUCAGAGCAGCCUGAACUGUUCCUAAAGAAACUUCAACAGUGCUGUGUCAUUUUUGACUUCAUGGACACGCUAUCUGAUCUUAAAAUGAAAGAAUACAAGCGCUCCACUCUUAAUGAACUGGUGGACUACAUUACAAUAAGCAGAGGCUGUUUGACAGAGCAGACUUACCCUGAAGUAGUUAGAAUGGUAUCUUGCAAUAUAUUCAGAACUCUCCCUCCUAGUGACAGCAAUGAAUUUGACCCAGAAGAAGAUGAGCCUACCCUUGAGGCAUCGUGGCCACACUUACAGCUCGUAUAUGAAUUUUUCAUACGAUUUUUGGAAAGCCAAGAAUUCCAACCCAGCAUUGCCAAAAAAUACAUAGAUCAGAAAUUUGUAUUACAGCUUUUGGAGCUAUUUGAUAGCGAAGACCCUCGAGAACGAGACUACUUAAAAACAGUUCUACACAGAAUUUAUGGCAAGUUUCUUGGUCUUAGAGCAUUUAUCCGAAAACAGAUUAACAAUAUUUUUCUACGGUUUGUUUAUGAAACAGAACACUUCAAUGGUGUAGCUGAACUGCUGGAAAUAUUAGGAAGUAUUAUCAAUGGCUUUGCUUUACCUCUUAAAGCAGAACACAAACAGUUUCUGGUGAAAGUAUUGAUUCCUUUACACACUGUCAGGAGCUUAUCACUCUUCCAUGCCCAGCUGGCAUACUGCAUAGUACAGUUUUUGGAGAAAGAUCCUUCACUCACAGAACCGGUUAUUAGGGGAUUAAUGAAAUUUUGGCCUAAAACAUGUAGUCAAAAAGAGGUCAUGUUCCUUGGGGAGUUGGAAGAAAUAUUGGAUGUGAUUGAACCUUCACAGUUUGUUAAAAUUCAAGAACCUUUGUUUAAACAAAUUGCCAAGUGUGUAUCUAGCCCCCAUUUUCAGGUGGCAGAAAGAGCGCUCUAUUAUUGGAAUAAUGAGUACAUCAUGAGUUUGAUAGAAGAAAACUCUAAUGUCAUCCUUCCCAUCAUGUUUUCCAGCCUUUAUAGGAUUUCAAAAGAACAUUGGAAUCCGGCUAUUGUGGCAUUAGUGUACAAUGUGUUGAAGGCAUUUAUGGAAAUGAACAGCACCAUGUUUGAUGAGCUGACAGCCACAUACAAGUCAGAUCGUCAGCGUGAGAAAAAGAAGGAAAAGGAACGUGAAGAACUGUGGAAGAAACUGGAGGAUCUGGAGUUAAAGAGAGGUCUUAGACGUGAUGGGAUAAUUCCAACUUAACAAAAAUAAUGACAACAACAUUACUAACCUGUGGAGUCACACAUUUAUGUAGUAGAAGAUGGAGCAACAGUUUUCUGUAUUGUGCAACUUUACAGUAGAUUUCACAUUGUUUCAUUAUUACAACAGCACUGUAUAUACCUGUCUGUAAGUAAAGAAAAAAAAAGGACUUCAAUCCAAAGUUUGGACAGUAGAUGAACUUCUCAGAACUUUGCAAACAUAAUCAUUGUUCUAACCCUCUUUAAAAAAAAAAAAAGAGCAGUCUUCAAAGGUCUGUCGAUGCAAUUAGUAUGUUAAAAUUCCAUUAUUGGGAGUUCCUUAUUUAUCAUUAGCAGAGAGUAUGAAAUAAUUUUCAAAUGUGAACAAUCUUAAAUUUAGCUUGUCUUUCUGCUAAUCUGUUAAAUGUAUUUAUAGUAAAGAAAAAAAAAAGACUGUCAUUUCCUUCUAAGUUUGUAACAUCCUCCUCUGAAUAACUUGACUAUAAUUUGACAUCUUUUCCUUUUGCACAUCUUCAUGAGUUGAAUGUCCAUAUGGGGUGGGACCAUGAAUUACAGAGGUCCCUCCUAAAAGUUUUGCUUACUGGAACAACCAUCUUUCCAGUAACCAGAUAACCCUGGUACUCCUUUAAUUUUAAAAUUAGGAGUUAAAGAGAAAAGGUGAUAAGCAUAGUAGGGAAGGGAAUUUUGGAUUCAUAAUAUCAAUAUAUGGUGAAUCCAAAUCAAUGUCUUGAAUCCUUCAAAAACAGGCACUGGGUCAUUGUAGACUUCAGUACCUGACCAGUAUUAGUUGCACACAUCAUCGAACACACCUAUCAGAGAUGCUUCAGAAAUGUCAGAGAACAUCCUUUUGGACCAUUUGAAAUAAAGACAAACACUAGAUAAUAAUACCAUGAAAUUGAUUGUCAGAACCGCAAAUCUAAUUGGGAAUAGAAAUGAGCAAACAGCUUGGACUGUUUGGAGUUGUUGCCUUACUUUUUAAUAUGUAUUUAUAAAGUAUUCCAGCAAAAGAGGAUGUAGCCUCUGAGAAACAAACAAACAUGUUACAGUGUUUUUUGUAGACUCUCGUUCUAUAUUUCAUCAUAGCGCCAGCCCUGUUUUUAGCCAGAAAGGAUUCAGGAUAAACGUUAUGCAUUCUGAAUUGAAUGCACAUUCCUAACUACUGUAUUUGUUACCAAAAGUGGUUCUACAAAUGCUACUGAAAAAAAAAUCUGGAAAUUCUUAAUGUCCUGAGUAUUAAUAAUAAAGUUUUAAAAUGCUUUUCUAUCAAAGGUGCAUCAUGACCAGAUUGUUUAAGAAAAAAAAGAAAACAAAAUCUAGGGCUGUAUUAUAGAUAUAUCUUAUUGGCUCUCUGCUUUGUAUUUAAAAAAGAGGAAUCUUACAUCUUGGGGAGAUAAAAUGCUGAUAAUACUUGUGUAUAGUAUGUACUUACCUAAUGCAGUUGCAUUAUUAUGUACUGAAAGAUAUAUGUUUUGGGGAUAUAUUUCUGGUAUGCUUUUGCUUGUUUUGAUUGUGACAGCAGUGAGCUGAUAAUCCUAAACCAUCACUUCCAGCAGUAUUCAUGGUUUAGAGCUGAUACCUGUGUUCAUGCAUUGAAUUGUGAUAGUAGUAAACAUGAACAUAAGAACUAUUGUUGCUCAUAAUAGAAAUGCAAUAUCAA